AUGGCGCAGGUCGAGUCGCAAUUCAUUGCGGCAAGUAUAACGAGCGACAAAACAAAGUACCAUACCGUCGUGGCCGCGAUCGAAAGCAACGUGCUAGCCCAAAUAAGCGAUAUAAUUCUUAAUUCACCGAACAGUGAACUGUACACCACGCUAAAAAAUCGAAUAAUAACACAAUCCGCGGACUCGGAGCAAAAACGUGUAAAAAAGCUACUGCAGGAACAAGAGCUCGGUGAUAUGCGUCCAUCACAGCUCUUGCGCGAAAUGCGAAGUCUAGCCGGCAGCGAGAUCAACGAUAAUAUUCUAAAGUCCAUUUGGAUGAGUCGCUUACCUUCCAACAUGCGACUAAUAAUUUCCAUUAGCAACGAACCGCUCGAAGUUGCCCUGCUCGCGAACAACAUAUGUGAGGUUAGCGGCACCCCACACAUACACGUGGUCGAAACUCCAAACACAGCAAUAGCCAAUCAAUCCAGCAUCGAGCAGCAGCUAGCCGAAAUCACGAAAGAGAUAGCAUCAAUAAAGGCGAACAUAAAUCGUCGGUCUAGAAGUCGCAGCAAAAGCCGUCCUCAAAACAACAAUUCGAAUGGAUUGUGCUGGUACCAUCACAAAUUUGGUAACGAUGGCAAAAAAUGUCGUAGCCCUUGCGCAAAAAAGUUAAACUAA